UCUAGUGCGCACGCGUCAGUUCCGGCGGGGACGGGAGAGCGGCGCGGCGCGUGGGUAGGAAACGCCGCGGCGGCGGGGCAGAGAAACAUGGCGGCGGCCGCGCAGCUCACGGAUGAGGAGCUGUUCUCUGAGCUUAGGCGCUUCGGCCUCUCCCCGGGGCCGGUCACCGAGAGCACCCGGCCCGUCUACCUGAAGAAGCUGAAGAAACUGCGGGAGGAUGAGCGGGCCGGAGCCCGCGGCAGCGCCAACAAGACCCGGAACAGCAACAACAAUAACACGGGGGCCGGGGCAGCGCCGGGCGAAGGCGGCGGCGGCAGAGCGGCCCCGGGCAUGGGGGCCCGGCUGGCCAGCCCCGACCAGCCCUACUUGCCGGGCGGCGCAGGCGGGGGCAGCCGGAGCCGCGCAGCACCCCCUGCCGGGGGCGGCAAAGUGCUGUUGGGUUUCAGCUCGGACGAGUCGGAUGUGGAGGCCAGUCCCAGGAGCCAGGCCGGCGCCGGGGGCGGCGGCAGCAGCAGCCGGAGGGAGCGGGCGUCGCCCCCAGUCCGCGGCUUGAGGCCCGCAGCCUCCCAUGGAGCCUGCAACGAGAGGAACAGUUUCCCCCCUGAGGCGGCCAGGAGGAAGCCCAGUGCCUGGUGGGGGGCGGUGGCCAGGAGACCGACGGCCACGGCGGGGGCUCAGACUCAGGACAUGCGGGAGCCUGGGGAAGGGGGGGAGGACGAGGAGGAGGAGGAGCGGCAGUGGAAGAACCGGACUGUGAAUGGUAAUAGGCACCCCUCCCUUGGCGGCAGGGCCGAGUAUUCCGACUCGGAGGAGGAGGGGGAGAGAGCCAAGCAGCAGGUAUUGAAGGAGGAGACUGCAGCCCGCCAGCACCGGGGCAGACGGAGCCUGAGCAAAUCUGCUGCCCCAUUCACGGCCAGCAAAUGUGCUGCAGCCGGCGCUGGCAUGAUGGAGACGGGCCAGCAAAGGGCUGGAGGAGGCGGCGGUGCUGGUGUAAUCGCAAUGAAUGACAGGGCGGAGGCGGCUGCUGCUGGAAGUCUAGACAGGGGCAGAAAUGAGGAGGAGGCAGCGGUGACGAGGGGGGGAGACUGUGAAAACUUGGACACCAGCCCUUCCACCCCCAGAUACCGCAGCACCUCCUCCAAGAAUUCCCCUCCACUCUUGGUACUGCCGCAGCCCACAGACAUGGACAGCAGCAAAAUCAGUGACCCUCUGGGCACUGUUAGGAAAGCAGCCAAUAAUCAUGUUCUCAGCGGCGCUGCUGGUGGUUUUAAUAUUGAACCUAGGAUUUAUUCAGCUACCAACAGCCUCCCCCUGGGUGCUGCCACCCCCUCUUCCCUUAGAAUCAAUCACUCCAACCACACAGGCUCUAAUCACACCUACCUGAAAAACACCUAUAAGCAAAAGCUUUCUGAGCCUGAGGAGGAGCUUCUCCAACAGUUCAAGAGAGAGGAGAUAUCCACCACCGGAGGCUUCAGUGCACAUUACUUGUCCAUGUUUCUCUUAACUGCUGCAUGCUUGUUUUUUCUGAUACUGGGACUCAUGUACGUGAGAAUGAGAGGAUCGGGAGUAGCUGAGCAUGGGGAAGUCAACAUUAAAAAUCCCUUCAGUGAUCAGCUUGAAGAAAUAAAAGCAAAUGAAAAAAGUCUCAUGAUGAACAGCUUAUAUAAACUUCAUGAUAGAUUGGCACAAGUAGCAGGAGAUCAUGACUGUGGCAACUCUAUACAGCGAAAUCUUUCCGUCCAGGAGACAGCUGCAUAUUUAAAAAGUUUAGGUCCAGAGUAUGAAAAAGUACUUAACACAGCGCUACAAUGGAUUAUGAGUAGGGGAGAAGAUGUUGGCAUAAAGUGUAUUGGUAAUGACCCCAGUGAGGAAUUAAAUAAUGUAACUGAUGUGAAAUACCUGGAAUCUACUAGACCACAGAUGUCUUUCAGAUGUCGUUUUCGCCGUGCAUUUAUUACUGUAACUCACAGAUUAUCAAUAUUGCUUUUGGGUAUAGGGAUGGUUUGGGGAGUUUUGCACUACAUGAAAUAUCGCUGGACAAAAGAGGAAGAGGAGACCAGGCAGAUGUAUGAUAUGGUUGUAAAGAUUAUAGAUGCUCUAAGAAGUCACAAUGAGGCAUGUCAGGAGAACAAGGACUCGCAGCCAUAUAUGCCUAUUCCUCAUGUGUGUGAUUCCUUAAUACCACCUCAGGACAGGAAAAAAAUGAAGAAGGUCUGGAAUAGAGCAGUUGACUUUCUUGCUGCAAAUGAAUCUAGAGUUCGCACAGAGACACGACGAAUAGGUGGCACUGACUUCUUGGUUUGGAGAUGGAUACAGCCAUCUGCAGCAUGUGACAAAAUUUUAGUUAUACCAUCUAAAGUAUGGCAAGGCCAAGCAUUUCAUCUAGAUAGAAGAAAUUCGCCACCAAACAGUUUGACACCAUGUCUAAAGAUUCGCAAUAUGUUUGAUCCCGUCAUGGAAAUUGGUGACCACUGGCAUUUGGCAAUUCAAGAAGCAAUCUUGGAAAAAUGCAGCGAUAAUGAUGGAAUUGUUCAUAUUGCUGUGGACAAAAAUUCACGUGAGGGUUGUGUAUAUGUCAAGUGUCUGUCUCCGGAAUAUGCUGGAAAGGCUUUUAAAGCAUUACAUGGCUCUUGGUUUGAUGGAAAGCUGGUAACGGUAAAAUACCUGCGGCUAGAUCGAUAUCAUCAUCGCUUUCCCCAGGCUCUUACUUGCAACACACCCUUGAAGCCAUCAAACAAACACAUGAACUCAAUGUCACAUCUUCGUCUACGAACAGGCACAACUAACUCUCAGGGAAGCUCCUGAGAAGACUUUCUACAACUUGUAGGACUGUUACUUGCAGCAGGAAAAUUCCUGUUUGGCUGCCGUCUUCCUUUUUUAGUGCUUUUUGUAUGUAAUAUUUUCAUUGAUUAAAUAAAAGUCUGAACGUUCCAGAAAUCUUGUUUCCAAAGGGACUUAGCAAUGAGGCAGUAAUACUAAGUGGACAAAAACAGUUGCUUCAGGAAGUUUUUGGAGCUUGAGUAAACAAUACAUUUAAUUUUUGCAUGAAGAACACUGAAUUUAUUAAACAUUUUCAGAUGUGGCGGCUGUAUUUUUUUUGCACCAAGAAGUGUUUUGAUAAUAAUCCAAAAGCAUGGAGAAAAAAAGGCUUCCUGUAUUUCCAUAGUUUCCUUUGAAAUAAUCUUGUGGAUAUUUUGUAACAUUCGC